AAAAAUGGAACACACCAGCAGUGUGAGGAGACCUGAAAGUGGCACAUGGCAGAGUGUUGCGAUGGAGACAGCAGCAAUGGGAGGCCGUACAGGGACCCAUGAGAGACUCUGGACCUGGCAGCAGCAUGAGGAGACGGUAUAGGGGCCCAUGGCAGAUUAGGGGCCUGGCAGCAGCUAUGGGAGGCCGUAAUCUGCCAGCACCCCUAUGACAAAAAAUGGAACACACCAGCAGUGUGAGGAGACCUGAAAGUGGCACAUGGCAGAGAGUGUGGCGAUGGAGACAGCAGCAAUGGGGAGUGCACGUACAGGGACCCAUGAGAGACUCUGGACCUGGCAGCAGCAUGA